UUUGAAAAAUAAGACAUGUAACGGGUUCUUGUGCUGUAUAAUAGGAAAGACCUUGGAAUUUAGGACUGGCGCAUCACAACAGGAAGAUUCAGUAAACAAGAAGGUCACCAUUUUGCCCUUAAUAGUCAAGAUCUAGUCUCAAAAUGGAAGAUAACAGUAAAAUCAAGUUUCACCAGCAGCUUCUUUCCAUUAAUGAAAAACUGGGACUUGAGGAAGUAGAAGCCCUUAAAUUUCUCUGCAGUGACUUGAUCUCACCUAAGAAUCUUGAGGAUAUAAAGUCAGCUCACAAACUGUUCCAGAAGUUCAUGGAUGAAGAUUUAUUGAAUGAAGAAGAUUCUUUCCUAGUGGCAGAGCUCCUCUUCCUAAUUAAGCAUCAUAAUCUACUACAAAAAAUUGGGUAUACAAAGGAAAAAGUAAUGAAAGAACUUUCUUCCAAAAGGAAAAUUUCUUCAUACAGAGUCAUGCUUUACGACCUCUCUGAGGAAAUCACUACAGAAGAUUUUGAACGUAUCAAAUUCAUCAUGGCAGAUCAUAUUCCAAAGACAUUAAUGACCUUUUUAAGUCUUCUGAGACAUAUGGAGAAACAAAACCUUUUAAGUGAGAAGAAUCUGGAGAUGCUGGUGGAUGUAUGCAAGCCUUUGUCAAGAAAUCUCAUAAAAAGGAUUGACCAAUACAAAUGUGAGAGAGAGGAAUCUGAGAGUUUGUCAGAGCGUCCUGUAACAGGACUGUUCUCAAAGUCACAAGAGGAGAAAAAGUUAAGUGUUGCAUCAGCCAUCACUGGGACCAGAUCUGUUGAAAAAGAAAUGGAGGAAGCAAAAUUCUAUAGGAUGGAUCGUUCCCACAGAGGUCACUGCAUCAUUUUCAAUAACUUUGAAUUUCGGACCAUGAACCCCAGGAGAGGAAGUCUUAAAGAUGCAGAUGAACUCAAGAGUGUUUUUGAGUGGCUGGGAUUCACGGUGACAAUUCAUCACAAUACGGAAAAAAGAGAAAUGGAAGAGAUUCUGCAGCUGUGUAGAACCUCCCCGGAGCACCGAGAGAGUGACUGCUUUGUGUGCUGUGUCCUCACCCAUGGCGAGUCUGGCUCUGUGUUCUCCUCAGAUGAAGAGAAGAUAGCCAUUCAUGAACUCACCUCCUACUUCAGGGCUCACCGAUGCCCAGGACUGGCUAACAAACCCAAGCUCUUUUUCUUCCAAGCCUGUCAAGGCUCAAAUAUUCAAGAAAGUGUGCUUCUGGAAGAAGAUGCCAAAACCUCACCUCCUGUCCUGGAUAAGACCCCUCUGAGGUGCAUUCCGGUGGAAGCUGAUUUCCUCCUUGGGAUGGCCACGGUCGAUGGCUGUUGUGCUAUUCGACAUAGAAUAAAAGGUUCCUGGUAUAUUCAAACUCUCUGCCAUCAGCUGAAAUGCAUGGUACCAAGAAAUGAAGACAUCUUAACCAUCCUGACAGUUGUCAACAAUGAUGUGAGCCAACUGGCCGAUACGGAAGGAAAAAAGAAACAAAUGCCCCAGCCUGCUUUUACCCUAAGGAAAAAAGUUGUAUUUCCAGUGCCUCUUCUCCCUCCACCAUCAGAACAGGAUCCCUUAACAGAAUGA